UUGGACGCCGCCGAGUUCGCUUGUCGUUGUAUAUCAUUGUAUAUCAUCUUAGUUCUCUCUAGCGAUCCACCUUGCGCUGACUCGUCGACUCUCCGUGCGGUGCAAAAAGUCUCCACCACCCGACAUCACGACGCGCGCGCGUUGGCGAUCGCGAUGGCGACGACAUCGGCGAUGACGAUCGAGCGGUCGGUGUGUGCGAUGCGUGCGCGCUCAUCAUCGUCGACAUCGACCAGGACGACGGCGCGAUCGCGCGCGACGGUGGCAGUCAAGAAGAAUGUCUACUCGCGCACGUCCGUCGUCGUCGCGCGCGCGUACGGCGAUGACGAUGAAAAUAUGCGAGUGAAAGGGCGCAUGCCGCAAGAGGGCGAUCGCGUGGGCGAUCGCGAAGAUCCUGAUUUGUACAUUGGGACGUAUUCCAACUUCUUCACCGACCCAGCACAAAUCAAAGGCGUCGUCGUAUUCUGCGCGUUUUUGCUUUCAUUCUUUUCGCUCGGAAACAUCGGCGCCGCCAUCUUGCUUCCGAUACUAUACGGCACGGACGACACUUUGGGUGACUUCUGCAUCCAGUCGCUGAUCUUCGGAUAUUACUGUAAUUAA